AUGUCCGAGAUUGCAGUAACUGGUACUCAAGAGAAUCUCAAGAAGGCAAUGCCCGACUUGAAAAAUAUAUGGCACCAUUCUUUUCAGCAGGGCUUUGCACCCAUAAAAACAAAGGAUUCACAAGAAACCAUGUAUUACUACGAGUUACACGGCACUGGCCCUCGUCGAGUGGUCUUUAUUAUGGGUCUCAAUUCGCCCUGUCAAGCAUGGGAUUACCAGAUAGGAUAUUUUGGACCUAAGGAGGAAUACACUGUACUUGUAUUUGAUUCCCGUGGUGUCGGGUGGACAGAUGGUAGUUGGGAUAACUAUAAUACUAGUGACUGGGCCAACGACUUUCUUGGUUUACUGGAUCAUCUUGACUGGAAAUCAGAUAUAGAUGCGGUGGGAUACAGUGCAGGCGGCCAAGUGCUUUUAAAGGCUCUCCUGCAAAAUUCUACGCGAUUCAAAUCGGCUGCUUUGUUGUGUACAACUGCAGGUGGCACUAGACCUUGGACGGGUGCUUACACACUUAUUUCUAAUAUGUGGACAAAGGACCCCAACGAACAAGUAGCACGUCUAAUCCGCAUUAAUUACAAAGAGGAGUGGCUCAAUACCAGACCAACUGAUGGAUGUAAUUUUGAAACAAAUUUUGACAAAAUUCGUAAUUUGGUCAAAGAGCGUAAUAGUCGUAGUAGACCUCAAUCAAUUGGUGCAAUGGUUAGUCAGGCUGUGGCUUCAAUGCGACACUGGGUGACAGCCAAAGAUCUGGAGAAGAUUCGAUCCACUGGGAUUCCUAUAUUAGUGGCAACUAAUGGUUGGGACAAUUUCGUCCAUAGCAGCCAUAGCGAGUAUCUCAAAGAACAUCUUAAACCCAAAAACUUUGUUGUAUUUGAGGACUCUGGUCAUGUUAUACCCACAGCCAAACAUGAACAAGUCAACGAAACGUUGGAAAGCUUUUGGAAGCAAUAA